AAUGGCGUAAUUUUCAAUUAAGAAAAACAAUAUAAGAUUGUUUCUUUUGUGCCAAGUUGCCAACCAAGCAGAUGACCAAAAAUAGAGAGGAAUGUAGUAAAACGAGAGUUAGGUUACCAGUAAUAACAACAACAACAAAAACUGAAAACUAAUAGAGUUAACCAAGGGCAAUGGACGAGAAGAAGAAAGCUACAAAUAAGUUAUUGAAGAUGUUCCUCUAGCUAGGCUAAUGUUUCUUUGAUUCUGAAAUAUAAUCAAGAAAAGAAGAUGGAUUCAGGGCUAUCGUGGGCUGAUCAAUGGGAUACAAACCCUGACCCUCCUCCCAGUUGUACAAAAGAAGAUGAAGGCAAAAAGAAAACAAAGAAGGACAAAGAUGGAAGCAGAAGAAUCUUCGGGAAAACCAUACUUGGAUUCAAAUGGAUGAAGGAUCUCCGCAAGAAACCUGAAAAGUGAUUAGUUAAUAACCAAAACCACUGUUUCAUUGUAUCUAUAUCCAUUUGAUUAUUGAUAUUCUUGUGCAUUUAGUCGAUUCUUGUUGCUCUUCAUCUUGAUUCAAUACCAAUGCAAACGAACAUAUGUAAACUGAUAAAUUAACCAAAAUCUUAAAUGGGUCAUGACAACC